GCACCGCAGGCCAGUCGCUGAGUAGUCGUUGCGGAGUGAGCACGUGUGCCCUUUCACGGUCCCCUUUUUUGUUUUACUUUCUUACCAAGGCACCAGAAGUGAAGUGGUGCCCGAGACUCGGGGGGGAUAAAGAGCAAAACGUGUGCCAGGGAUUGGGGGCAGUUCGGUCAAAGGUACAUCCAAAGUGUUCCAACUCGGUAGCAUAAGAGAUACGAGAGCAAGUUUUGUCGAAUGAUAUAGAGUGAUAAGAGUGAUUGUGAUAGUAACGUGUCUUCAAAACUCGAACGAAACGAACCAACUAUAGCGCCAUAGCGUUUCAAGUUACCGAUCGUCUAAUCUGUGAAGUGCACACCUUAUGUUCAGUUUUGUGUAAACCGUGCGUCCUUACAGCACACACACACACAUCCACCUCCAUCGGUGAACCAAGCGCAAGAUGAAUCGAAGCACCACAACAGUCCGUUCAGCAAGGUACCAACAGUGGCGCCUAGCUGGAUGUGGUCUACUACUACUACUAGUCCUGGCACAGCCCACUACGGGAGCCGACCUGAAGGAACGGGCCCGUGCCGCUUUGCUGCUGGAAAAACCGAACGGUCCUGCCAGCUGCAAAGUUCAGCAACCUCAGCCCUGCCCACCGAGCAAGUUCCGGUCGGCAUCCGGGGAAUGUAACAACUUCAACCACCGGUUCUGGGGUGCCCGCGGUGAUGCCUUCAUCCGGCUGCUCCAACCGGACUAUGCAGACGGCAGAUUAAAGCCACGUACCUCGGUCGGUUCGCAUGCGUUACCCACGCCAGACUUUAUCGUCAGUCAGCUGCAACGAUCCGUCGAUGAGAAGGCUAUCCAUCCGCACAUCACCGCCAUGCUGCCCGCCUGGGGACAGCUGUUGGCGUACGAUCUGGUGCAGAUCCUAUCGCCGAACUCACGCUACCGCUGCUGCCGCAAUCAAACGCAGGUCGACGAUUCACAGGACGACGUUGUGCAGUGUUACGUGCGGAUGGGUGAAGGAUGUCGCGAGUACAAGCGAUCUAUCCCAUCGCACGAUCCUACCAACUGUGAGUUCCACUAUCGCGAUCAGAUGAAUGCCGCCUCUGGCUUCCUGGACGGGUCGGGACUUUACGGUACGACGGAGAAGGAAAUCCAUGCGCUGCGUACGUACCUGAACGGUAAGGUAGAUACCGGUGCCUGUCUGCGCUGUAACGAGCCUGGUGCGAUCGGUGCACUGCACACGGUACUCCUGAAGGAACACAACCGCAUUGCCGAUCAGCUCGCGAAGCUUAAUCCGGAAUGGAGCGACACCACGCUGUUCUACGAAACGCGUCGCAUCGUGAUGGCCCAGAUACAGCACAUUACGUACAACGAGUUCUUGCCCAUUCUGUUGGGCAGCCAGAUCACAAACAAUCCGGAUCUACGGCUGGAGAGCGGUGGAUACUUCAGCGGAUACUCGAGCGCCAACCGUGCCGGUAUCUUUGCGGAGGUAGCGGUCGGUGCUGUGCCAGCGUUCCUCACGAUGCUUCCACCGGACAUGUACAACGAUUCUAUGUCGGCCGAGAUCCUGCUUUCCUCGCCGGCCAUGCAGCAAACGUUCAUCCCGGACCAUGCCAGCUUUAACGACGAGUGGACACCAAUUUCGUUGGCGCUGCAGCGUGGACGCGAUCAUGGCGUGCCGGCCUACCACAAGGCGAUCAAUCUGUGUGAAAAGCGCUUCGGUAAACCUUUCGGCAGCAAGCUUAGCUUCGAAGAUAUGCAGUACUUUGGACUGGGCCAGGGCAAGCGCGAAGUGUUGGAGAAGAUGUACCAAGAUCCAGAAGAUAUCGAUCUGCUGAUUGGAGGUUUGAUGGAAACACCCGCCUUGGGCACGGUGUUCGGACCGACGCUAUCCUGCCUGAUGGCUAUCCAGUUCGCAAACAUGCGCAGCAGCGAUCGGUUCUGGUACGAAAACGAUCUUCCUCCGUCUUCGCUGACACUGCCCCAGCUGCAAGCUAUCCGCCGUGUGACACUUUCCGGGUUGUUGUGCGAAACGAAGGACGUGUCGCGAGCCCAACCGAAAGCCUUCAUCCGCGAGGAUCCUUAUCUGAACGCACGGCUUAACUGUGAGCAGCUUGGUGGGCUUGACGUUUCAGCCUGGCGCUCGGAGCAGGAUGACGUGGUAGAGGAGUACAUGCAGGAGGAGCAACCGACACCGCCCGAGUUCGAGGAACUCAACAUGGACCUGAUCUCGAGUGCCAUGAACAAAGCGAAGACGAAGCUUAACGAACGCAAGCGGCAGGAGUACGAGGCCUGGGUGCGACAGGGAGGCAUCGAUGCCAAGUCACCGGACGGAACGGCCGCUUCCUUCAGCAAGGCUAACCGUAACGCAUUGAUCAUCGCCAACACUUCGCUGUUCUACGAGCUGGCAACGAACGAGAUCGUCAACUCGCUGCAUACCCUGCGACGUCGCAAGCGUCAAGUGUUUGACAACAAUCUGGGCGGCUUCACGAGCGACGACUUCAGCAAUGCGCUCCAAAGCGUGGAUGUCAAUCAGUUCAUUACGGGCUCGAUCUCGCCCAUCAACCUGGAACCGCAGUGCGAAAAUCUGGAAGCACCGUGUGACACCACGACGCCCUUCCGCACGCUAACCGCCCACUGUAACAACCUGCGCAACCCUGAACUAGGCCAGUCACUUACCGUGUUUGCCCGGCUGCUGCCAGCGGCGUACGACGAUGGCAUAUCACAGCCCCGAUCACUGUCCGUCACCGGUACACCGCUGCCAAAUCCGCGUUCGAUCUCCUCGCUCAUCCAUCCGGACAUUUCCAACCUGCACACGCGCUACUCGCUCAUGGUGAUGCAGUACGCCCAGUUCCUCGAUCACGAUCUCACGAUGACACCGAUUCACAAGGGUUUCCACGAAUCCAUACCCAGCUGUCGGUCGUGCGAUUCUCCCCGUACGGUGCACCCCGAGUGUAGCCCAUUCCCGGUGCCACCGCGUGAUCACUACUAUCCAGAGGUGAACGUAACCAGCGGCGAACGGUUGUGCUUCCCGUCGAUGCGUUCGCUGCCCGGUCAGCAGACGCUCGGGCCACGUGAACAAAUCAAUCAAAACACAGCCUUCCUGGAUGCGUCACAGAUUUACGGCGAGAAUGGGUGCAUCGCGAAGAAGCUGCGCGGAUUCUCGGGCCGACUGAACUCUACGAUCCACCCGAUCCAGGGCAAGGAACUGCUGCCCCAAAGCCCGGUCCAUCCGGAGUGUAAAUCGCCGAGCGGCUACUGCUUCAUUGCCGGCGAUGGGCGUGCCUCGGAACAGCCAGGUCUGACCGCCAUCCACACGAUAUUCAUGCGCGAGCACAACCGCAUCGUCGAAGGACUGCGGGGAGUGAACCCGCACUGGAACGGAGACCAGCUGUACGAGCAGGCGCGACGUAUCGUCGUCGCCCAAAACCAGCACAUCACCUACAACGAGUUCCUGCCACGUAUCCUCAGCUGGAACGCGGUCAACCUGUACGGGUUGAAGCUGUUGCCGCAGGGUUACUACAAGGAAUACAACCCAACCUGUAACCCAUCGAUCGUGACAGAGUUCGCUACGGCCGCAUUCCGCAUCGGGCACUCGUUGCUUCGUCCACACAUUCCACGGCUCAGCGUACAGCAUCAGCCAAUCGAUCCUCCGCUACUGCUGCGUGACGGAUUCUUCCGCACGGACAACUUCCUGCAGCCCGGACUGGUGGAUGAGAUUGCGCGCGGUCUCGUAGCGACGCCGAUGGAAACGCUCGACCAGUUCAUUACCGGCGAGGUGACGAACCAUCUGUUCGAGGAUCGACGCAUUCCAUUCUCCGGGUUCGAUCUGAUUGCGCUCAACAUUCACCGUGGCCGUGAUCAUGGCAUCCCGUCGUACAACAACUAUCGGGCGCUGUGCAAUCUGAAGCGGGCCCAAACCUGGGAAGACCUUGGCCGGGAGAUUCCACCGGAGGUGAUUGCACGGUUGCGUCGCAUCUACGCGCACGUCGACGAUAUCGAUCUCUUCCCGGGCGGUAUGUCCGAACGGCCGCUACAGGGUGGACUGGUAGGACCGACCUUCGCCUGCAUUAUUGCGAUCCAGUUCCGACAGUUGCGCAAGUGUGAUCGUUUCUGGUACGAAAAUGAAGAUCCAGUGGUUAAGUUUACCGAGCAGCAGCUGGCCGAGAUCCGGAAAACGACACUGGCGAGAAUUAUUUGCGAAAAUCUCGACAUCACCGGUGAUAUGCAGCGAGCAGCUUUCGAUCUACCAAGCAACUUCCUCAAUCCAAGAGUGCCGUGCAAUUCCAUGCCACAAAUUGAUCUCAGCGCAUGGAGGGAAAACGUGGUCCAGGGAUGCCAGAUCGGGGGCAAGAACGUGAACGUCGGCGAUUCGGCCUUCCCAUCACCGUGCACGAGCUGUAUCUGUACCAAUGAAGGGCCUCAAUGUGCCUCGCUACGCAUUACCGACUGUGCCCAGCUGGCCCGCGAGUGGCCCCGCGACGUAAUCCUCCGGGACGAUGUUUGCAGCGCACAGUGCGGACUGGUGCUACAGAACGCCACUCCUCAGGGCCGUAACAUCCCGAUCAGCUUGCGGCCACCUCCUCAGCGUAUUGCACGGUCCCGCAUCGUCCAGCAGCAGACGGCGACCACACCGUUCACCUUCCAGGGCUUCCAGUUCCCGGAUUUGUCGCAGUUUAUCGGUUAGACAUCCGGGUGACGGGAGCGAGAAGAGGAAGGAAAAGGGUGCUAAUGCUACGCGUGUGAGCAUUUGAACACAGACACCUUUAUUGUACAUAUUGAGCGGCCAUAAUUGAUAGUUUCUCUUUGCUGUUUUAUUUUAUUGACCAAUGAACGCCAUUGACCGGUGUUUCCGUCUUCGGUUCUUUCUGUCUGGUGUAACUGCCCAUAGAAUCCCUGUGACCUGUGGGGGUUUAGCGUCUUUUCGAGUUUUCUAGCUCUACACACGCCACUGCGCUUCCUUAAGUUAUGAUGAGCUGCGUGUUACGCAGGACAUGGGGCAUCCGACGCGUUCCGUGUGCUGUACUGUUCGCCCUUCCUAGUACACGCGCACGACUGUCCUACUGUUUUAACUACGGGCGCGCGACGUUCGAUUACAAAUUAGAGCGGAUGAAAAUGAUGAUGAAAUGGUUCAAAGCGUCAUGCGCAACAGCGCAGCAGCUAGUGAUCUAAAUGAUAUGUGUAGGACAUAUAAAUAUAUAUUUACUAUUUGUAGGCAGAAAACAAAAACGAUCGUCCAAAUUCGUACAACCGUAGUGUUGUUAGUCUACGGAGCGAAUUGCGGGUCCACUAGGGACACCAUAUCGUCGAGCAGUUAAACUUUGUAAUAAAGUGUAAUACAAUUUUCCAACCCAAA